AGCGUUUGAGCGCCAUUUCAUUGCGGAGUUGAACAGUGGUGUGUCGGUGGAAGUGCAGCAGCGUCAACAGCGGUGGAAAAUUCGGACUGUAACAACACCCCGCCUUCAGCGCGAUGGAAGCGGCAGUCAACCCGCCUCACGACAGGUAAAAAUCUGCCUUUUACACCUGAAGAAUCCUGACCAACGGUUAACGGCGCACUUAGACGUUAGCACCCUUUACCGUUAGCACCAUCACCAUAACAACGCUAGCAGAGGUUGAUUUGAGGUGUUUUUAGCUAGCGUCUGCGGCGACUCAGCUGACAAUGACUUGCUUAAUCUCUGCAAAAGUGCAGCCGAGUUUACAGACGCGUACUUUCGCGGAGGUCUUAGCUUCACUGGAGACCGGGCACAAAGAAGGCGGAUGACAGCUGCAUCCCCAGCGGCUGGUUCAACCGGCUGCUCCCCGCCGGCUCUCUGUCAGCCGGUGUUCCGGUGUUAACGGUGACCGUGUAAACCGGCGACUCCAGCCGAACGCGUCUGUUGUUGUCGUACUUGUCAGUUGUUGAUAGCGUCCUUGCGAGUGCUUCUUGGUCAGCUUUUUAUAUAAAACACAACUAACGGUUGUUUUUGUUUUCCACUAGAAUAAACCAAAAGGCAUUCAUUAGGUCCCGUUUUGUGUUUUAACGGCUUGUUGUAACUACGACAACCAGCGACGCAUCCUGCUUGAGUCGCCAGAUCCCAGGGUCACUCUUUAAACCGAAACACGUUAAUCCUGCUGUGGUGAGACAGUCGCAUAAUAUAACCGUUAAUACGAACCAUGUCCAAUAUGUCUUAAACUCGCAGCAGUUUGAGGUAAAAAUGCAGCUUUAUUAGACUUUGACAGGUAUCAUUCCUGCUCACCAACCUCAGCUAACAGCUUAGCUUCUGUCUCCUGUUCUGUGAAUCAAACAUCUGCAUACCCCUGACAGGAGUCUGUGAAUGACGGGCUAUUAUUUUUGGGCUUUUUUUGCAGUUUAACCAUCAAACUAUGAUGUAUUUUAAAGGAAAAGUCCCCGUCUGUCAGUCGCCCAUGUUAUUACAAGGCAGUGUUUACAAACAGGGAGGGCGGGGCUCCGGACCACGCGAUCACCAGCUGUUGGGGAGCAGAUCCAGGAGUCUGACUUUUCAUUGUUUUGGUUUCACAUAUAGGCAUUGUAGUAACCUUUAGGCUCGAUUGUAUGAGAGAUAAUGCCUUUUAGUAGUAGUAGGAAUUUGAAUCGAAUUACAUGGAGUUGAAAAAUAACAACUAAUCGUUACUAUAAUCGAUUAAAAAAUCACUAAUAGAUGAUUUCAGCUCUCAGUAUAGGGACUAUAGGACUAUGUUGUUAGGUGAAGUAAUAAUCUAAUGCAUUUUAGAUUGUUUCAUUUAAGUACAUGACUUUAGCCUGAUAUGAAAGGAUGUAAUCUUUGUAAAUCACUGUAUCACUGAAUGUAUUACUCAAUUCUUUAUAAUGUUGAUUUAUUAACAAAAACGUAAUGAGCACACUUGGGUUCAGUUUGAAUUACUUUAACAUAAAAAAAAUGACAAUCACAAAUUAAAUCACAAAUUCAUCAAUAUCGCAGUAUCAGCAUUUGCAGUUAAUUAAAAAUGAAAUUUAAUCAUCACAACAAAUUAGGGAAGGAUUUAAUUAGUAUAACCAGUGUUUUAUCUCUCAGCUUGUGUAUUUAACCUAUCAGAUGGAGACCUGGGUAUUAUGGUCAUGCUUUCAAAUGAGGCUUUAACCAGCUGUCAGCAAACCCCGGGCUGGUUGGUGAUAAUUGAAUUUAUAAAAACUGUUUUUUUGUAUUGGAGAAACAUGAUACAAACUGAGUUCAUGUGUAAAACAGAUUAACAAAGAAACUGGAUUAAUGUUUCAAGAAUACACUUGUUAAUAUUUGCUUAUUUACCCCCCACUUCUAAUUGAUAUCACACUGAUAGUACAAUGUUAUUACACAUCCUCUUUUCUUUAUUGUGUAGCCUAAAAGGCCACCUGAAGUGCAGUAAAGAUAAGAGAUUAGUUUUGUUCGAUUGGAGAGAAAUAUUCAUAAAGUUUCUCAAUUACAUUUUUAAUAGUAUUUACAUAUAAAACACAUUUUGUCUGGUCUAACUUCCUGUAUUUUUCCAUAUUUCAAAAAUAUAUCACAGAAAUAAAACAUAUUGUGAUGCCAGUUCAUCCUAAUACUGUGUCGCCCUGGUAACCGAUCAUAUUAAUACAGAAACAGCUGCGUUUGUGAAGACUGUGUGUAUGUAGUCCAAAACUGUCAGUCCUCUGGCUUGCACAAUUUUUUAUUUUCUCCCUGUAAAGAAAAACCUAAAGACAGUUCCUGACAUACCCAAGUCUAAUAAAACAAAUGUUUUCUCCAGAUAUUCUACAGAAGUAUUAGCAUACUCUGUGUUAUAUGAUUUUUAGAGACCUGACGUAAAUCUACCAAACCUGAAACAGAAGGAGGGCGAUGCUGCACAGCUGUCUGUAGUGACUGUUGGGUUUGAGUUGGUCGAAAAGAAGGAGACACAGAAAGAGAGAGAGAAAGAGAUGAGUUUGAAUAAAAAGAGCAACAUCAACAAGAGAUAAAACCGGUUAUUGACGGUAAUGAGGUAGCAGCAGUUAAAGUCUGUGUGAUAUUAACAGAAACAGGAAGUUAUGGUCAGUUUACUCCAUCGACUACUAUGAUAAGAAUAAUAUGGGGAAGGCUGAUGAUGUUGAUUUUAGCAGUUGGAGUGGAGCAGCUCCAAAAUGUACAUGAACAGCUUUGAUAAUGAUUAUAAAAGUUAGUCAGAUGAUAUACUUACAGUUCAAAUGCAGGAAUGUCCACAGGAACGAGGGGGCUCAAAAACCUCCUGCAGCAAAAAUACCCACCAGUCUGCAUAAAUGCUUUAAGAAACUACAGCCCUUUCCCUCCAAACCAGGUUCUUCAUUCAUAAAGAUUAGAAAAAAAUGGUAUAAUAGCAUAAUUCAUGUGAGCAAUCUGAGAAAUGAUCACGUUAUUUUUUGUCGUACUUAAAAAAGUCUCAGCUGAGCGGCGCUCACAUGCGCUUGGCUGCGGGUUUGUAUUGUAAUUCAUUCAUCGCCUAAAGGCUGGUGUUUUUCUUCAAUGCUAAUGCGGUUUAGCUGUUGAUUGGUCUGUCUGGACUCAGACUGGUGUAGUAAAUCAGCUCACAGGCUUUGCCACAGUUUGUGUGUCAGUGGGGCAGGUGUGUGUGUGCUUGUGUGUGUGAACUACAGGGUUAGAUUUAACUUCUUCUAAAUCUGGUUCAUGUGCUCUGCUCAGACGGAGGAGAAGACGGGAUGAUGGGGUUAACUGUGACUUGAUAUCUCCAUCUGACUGCAUGGACUGACAGCCUCCCCUGGUUGAUCUAGGAGGUCAUGGUUUUAGUAUUUCUGUCUAACCGCAGUCCAGGCUACAGAUGUUAAUGAGCCGUAGACCAUCCAGUGAUUUGCAUAGUCUUCUCUUUUGCUCUGUGCUGUUAGCUCGUGUUUGUGAGUUAGUUUUUUGCAUGUUUACCUUCAGCUUAUUUGACUGUUGAAGUAGAGAGUGGGUCGUGUGCCAGGGAACCAAGUCACAGAGUUGAUGACAUUAUCAGGAACCUUUUUCCCAUGACCAUUUGAUAGAAAGUCAACAAGACCAUCUAUGUGAACACCUCUGAAAUAUAUACUAUUAUAUUAUAAAACCUCCUCAUUGUGAGCUGAAAUCAGUGUGUAAAGCAUUUGAUUCAACUUCUGAUUUCAGUCCUGGAGUCGGUGCUGAAUUAAAGUGUUUUCCCCUGAUUCAUAAAUACUUCUGAGCCAAAGGUCCUGGAGCUGUUUCUUAUAUUUUCCCAGGCUGGAUGAGAUGGUAAAACCGUCACAUUUCAGGGUUUUAUUUCCCAGUCUCAUAUAGGGGGAGUGUGUUUUUUUCUGUGGUUGGUGAAGACCCCUUUGCAUGGUGGUUCCCAUGACUGUGCUAUAAGUAGCAACCUAUCAAUAAAGGCCGAGUUCCCUCGGUGACGGCCCUCAGAAUUCGACAACUAAGUGUUAGUUUUCUGGGGGUGUUUUUGUGAAUGAGGACCUAAAGGUUUGACAUUUUAGGCAUUUGCAAAAAUAUAAGAUUAGAUUGAUGUGUCAAAGGUUGAACAGCACAUUUGUCUUCAAGAUACUGUCCUUCUCUGCCAUCUCUCCAUGGAUUUCCACUGUUAGUUAAUUCUCUCUCUCCCUCUCUCUCUCUCCUUUCCUUCAGCUCUCUGAUUGGGUUGUCCAGCGGCGGGAUGGACCAACACACAAGUUCGAGCAAACGCAUUCGGAAGCCCUCCCUGCUGUACGAGGACUUCGAGAGCCCGUCUCUGCCGCACACGUUGCCCCAGGGGCCUCCCGCCCCCCCACAGCCCCCAGUGAAGGAUCCCAACCGGCUGGGUCGCAUGACCAACCAGCUCCAGUAUCUGCAGAGGACCCUGUUGAAGUGUCUGUGGAGGCAUAACUUUGCCUGGCCUUUCCACGAGCCUGUGGAUGCUUAUAGGCUUAACCUCCCGGUGAGUAAUGAGGCUCUGCACCAAUCAGACGUCACCUUUAACUUUGACUCGGCGUUGGUGCAAGUCUUGGCGGCUCCCGGGCUCAAAUGUCAAAGUAGAAAUGCCGUCCUUUUCAAAUUUGUAGUGAUUCUUAGUGCCGCAGGUGAAGUUGCUUUCUCACUCCUCCUGUCGACCUUUUCUCUUCCAGGAUUAUCAUAAAAUUAUCAAGCAGCCGAUGGACAUGGGCACCAUCAAAAAGCGACUCGAGAACAACUUCUACCGCAGUGCCAGUGAGUGCAUACAGGAUUUUAACACAAUGUUCACCAACUGCUACAUUUACAACAAGGUAGGUUGACAGAGGAGCAGAAACUGUAGACAGAGAUCUGUUUUUUUUAACCUUUUAUUGUCCCCUUGUCUCCGUCCUCAAUGUUUUCACCCUAUUUUUACGAUCACAUUAAACAUUUCAGGGACCCUUUCACAGCAGUGACAGCAGGAGUUGUUGUAGACAAAGUUUUUAUUAAUCUGAGAGAAAAAGGUCAAGACCAAAGAAGUGUUCUAGCAAAAAAGAAAAGUGUUUGUUUUUUAUUUCUCAAGAGGAAAUAUCCGUCUAACAGAAACUCUGACAUGUGCUGACCUGUGGACACUGUACAGCUGCUGCGGUUUAACAUUUGAGGCGAGAGCGAAAAUGAAAACACAUCCAACUGUUGUGGAUCAAACUGCUGCUGAAAAUAAGGAUGAUUUAUUACAAACUUCCUCCUCGUCGGACUAAAACCUCUUUAAACGACGAUCAUUCAUCAUAGCUGAGGGUGUUUAACCCUUCGUUGACUCUUCAGACCUCAUAACUCACACAUUAGUUGUUGAACAUUUCACGCUGAGUUUUGAACGCUGGUAGGGAUGUGAACGUUAAUUAAGUGUAGAGGUGUGUUCGUGUGUUUUAUAUACUGAACUGUUUUUGGUACGGCUCUUUUGAUCAUCUGUGUGCUGUAAACUCAGACUGAUCGUGUGUGUGUGUGUGUGUGUGUGUGUGUGUGUGUGUGUGUGUGUGUGUGUGUGUGUGUGUGUGUGUGUGUGUCCGUCCUUGUGAGGAGCGUGUGACUGUUUGGUACAAAUUGUGUAUUAUUUAACCCUCAUGUGGAGAGCAGCCCUCUGAAGUUAGCCCACCCAGUGGAAAAUCUGCCCACAUUUGGUGCUUGGCAGUGAUAAUUUUAGACCCUACAUUGUUCUGUGUGUUUUUUUUUUCUCUCUUUCACUUUCAUUUUUUUGUUUUCAUGAGUUAGAAAAGAAAUCUGAGCAGACCCUCCAGUCCGACCUGUUAGUGCUGUACUUUAAAAGAUAUGAUAUGUCACAGUCAUGUGUGUUUUUUUACAUAAAAUACUGUAAAUGUUUAUAGAGGUCGCUCCAAACAGAGUUAUGGGAAGUUGCCGCCACCCUCCAGACUCUUGAUUUGAGCUGAAACCAGCAGCCCUGCUCAUAAAUCUGAAAACCUCCCGGCUGUUAUCAGGCUCUGUCGUCACUGACAUGAACACAGACCCCACCUGUAGCAUUGUUUGAGGAGAGUUAAGACAGAGGCAAAUGAGUUCAGGGUUUUUAGAUAAAUGCGUUUUUUGGUUUUGGGUGGAAACCUACAAAGUCAUGACUUGGAAAACAAGGAGAAAGUCUGAUUAUAACUGAUUAUAAUCUGUGAGCCGCAGUGUCAGAUGAGACUGUGUCUGCCGUUUACAUUUUAGUUAAAAUAGAUCAGAGUAAAAGAAGGUUAGUGUCUUGAUAAUCAGGCGUAACAUUAAACAUUUCCACUUUCAUCCAUUUGUUUCCCUUUUUUGAGUUUUUCUGCUCAAAGUCUCAAAAGUGAAAACAUUUUGGUUUUUGCUUUUUACUGUUUCGUGUUUCAAGUGUUGAUGUUCUGCCAGUUAUUACAGUAAAUACUAAUGAAAUAUAAGUGAUUUCUGGAGCAUGUUUUGCCUUUUACUUUGUUACACUGUCGAUGAUUUGGUUUCCCUGGUAGCCGACAGACGACAUCGUGCUGAUGGCCCAGUCCUUAGAGAAGAUCUUUCUCCAGAAAGUGGCUCAGAUGCCCCAGGAUGAAAUCGAGCUGCCUCCCCCGACUCCAAGAAACAAGAACAGCAGAGGACGGGGUCGCAAAACCUGUGAGUUUCUGACUGACUGUUUUAUCAGCAGCACUGAUGUCAGACGCUACUUUGACUGUCUGUCAUCUCUGCUGUUGCUCAUGUUGAUAUUAAUGUUUCAGCGUCGAGGGCUCAGCAGGUGCCAGCAGUGUCCCAGUCGGCCUACUCCCCUUCUUCCUCGGACACCGGAGACUCGAUGCUCGCAAACUCUCCUCAGACCGUGCUGACCAAAAGUCUGCCUCCGGCGAACAUCAUGGGCCUUCCUCCGACACAGCCGACAACAAAGGUAAACCCUGAAAGAUCGAGAACUCAGGACGAUGUUUAAUCUGUGAGGACGUAUCUGAAGUGAUAUUCUCUACUCUAAGCAGCGUAAGAUAAGACCUACACUCUGUUUACUCACAGAAAAAAGGAGUGAAGCGUAAAGCGGACACCACCACCCCCUCCAACAUGGGCCUGUCUGUGGGUAUGGCAGGAGGGACGCACAUGGUGGGCUUGGGGAAAGGAGGCCACGGGGGCCAAGUCCACGACACUUCCAUGCACUCCAUCUCCUCCAUGGGGGGCAUGAGCUUAGACACCCCACCUGGCAUGGGCCUGGUCAGAAGCCCCGGGGGUCCUGUCCUGCUCCAGCCUAUGAUGGCAGGAACCGGGCGCAGAGUGGGAAGCGGGCGCCCCAUCAAACCCCCCAAGAAGGACUUACCAGAUUCUGUACAGCCUCUGCCCUCGAGGAAGGGCAAACUGAGCCCUCAGCUGAGGUACUGCAGCGUGCUGCUCAAAGAAAUGCUGUCGAAGAAACACGCGGCGUACGCUUGGCCUUUUUACACGCCUGUGGACGCCGCCGCUCUGGGACUGCACGACUAUCACGACAUCAUCAAGUGUCCCAUGGACCUCAGCACCAUCAAGGUGACUCUUUAAAGACGACUGAAACAGGCCCCUCUGUGUUUGUGAUGAUAAGUAUUGUUAUGAUCAAAUCAGGGUCUGUUUGUCAGCUCCGAGUCAAAUAUUCUGGUUUAACCUUGUAGUUUGUUUUUCUUCUCGCAGAGGAAGAUGGACUGUCGUGAAUACAGGGACGCACAGCAGUUUGCGAGUGAUGUCAGGCUAAUGUUCUCAAACUGCUACAAGUACAACCCGCCUGAUCACGAUGUUGUUGGCAUGGCACGCAAGCUGCAGGUGAGCACAGCUGUUCAGUCCUCGUCCAAUCAGCAGAUGAGGAUUUUUUUAACUCCUUAAUUUUGUCUCUUUUUGUGUCGCAGGAUGUGUUUGAGUUCCGCUUCGCUAAGAUGCCGGAUGAGCCGCUUUUGGAUCACACCAGCAUGUCUAUGAGCGUCCAUCCAACAUCCUCCUCAUCCUCGUCUUCGUCCUCCUCGUCCUCCUCUUCCUCCACAUCAGAAAGCGAGCCCAGCAGUGAGAGCGAUGAGAGCGAGAGCAGUCCAAACUCAGACAGCGAGGAAGAGCGAGCGCAUCGUUUGGCCGAGUUACAGGACCAGGUGUGUACUCAGGUAAGACGGCCAGAACUGCUCAUUUAAACAGAUUCACUCCAGAGGAAAAAAAACAGGUUUUUGCAACAAGAUCUCAUUGAUUUCUUUUCGCACAGCUCAGGGCCGUGCAUGAGCAGCUGGCCGCCCUCUCCCAAGGCCCCAUCGUCAAGCCCAAGAAGAAGAAAGACAAGAAGGAGAAAAAGGAGAAGAAGAAAAAGAAAAAGCUGGACAAGCGGAGCCGAACGGGCAGGAGCAGAGCCGGCUCUGAGGAGUGGAAGAUGCCCGGCAAGAUCCUGAAAACAAAGUCGGCCAGCAAGUCCCAGCCCAAGAAAAACCAGGGAAAGAAGAGCAACAAGAACAGCAAGUGAGCGAAAUGAUUAUGUGGAUAUUUUCUCUUUCUUUAUUUCUUUAUUUAAUCGUGUGUACAAUAUCAGGCAGCUGAGAACAAGAAGUGUACGCUCUGAUUUAUAUGUUCUUGUUUCUACAGAAACACAAAGAAGCCGUUCUAUCCUCCUCUGCCCACCUCCAUGCUGCCACACUACGACUCGGAGGAGGAGGAGGAAAUCGUGCCCAUGUCGUACGACGAGAAACGCCAGCUGAGCCUCGACAUUAACAAGCUCCCGGGGGAGAAGCUUGGCCGCGUGGUGCACAUCAUUCAGUCCAGAGAGCCGUCACUGAGGGACACCAACCCCGAAGAGAUCGAGAUCGACUUUGAAACACUGAAGCCGUCAACACUGAAAGAGCUGGAGCGCUACGUCAUGACCUGCCUGAGGAAGAAACCCCGCAAGCCGUUCACUGAUCAAGGUAAACAAACGCAGACCUGUCGAGUCUGGACUAAUGAUGUGUUUUCAUGAACAUCUGUGUGUGUGUGUGUGUGUGUGUGUGUGUGUGUGUGUGUGUGUGUGUGUGUGUGUGUGUGUGUGUGUGUGUGUGUGUGUGUGUGUGUGUGUGUGUGUGUGUGUGUGUGUGCUGUUAGCAUGACUGACUUUUACAGGAGAAGUUAAUCAAUAUCAUGCAGCCGUCUUUACGAAGGUCGGCACUUCGACAUGUUAAAGUUAUUCUGAUGUGAUUGAUGAUGAAACUGCAGCUUUGAGCAGCUCUGUGAGGAUUUGCUCUGAGAGUCUGUGGACUCUUUGGUUCUUUCUGCUGCACAGACAUUAACACAGAGCUCAGGCACUUCAGGAUCAAUGUUUAUCUUCUGUAUGCAUGUCUGUUUGGCGAUGGCACAUUGAUAAACCCUCCAGAGACUCCAACAUUUACCAUAAAACCUGGAUUUGUCUUCCUAACUGUGGUCACUUGCUUCUUACAGCGCCAUCUGCUGGGCAAUACAUGAACAAAAUAAAAUACUUCUAUAUAUUCUAUAAGAUGCAGCAUAGGUGACAAAAAGGUUUUAAAAAUGUGUCUUUUUCACUAGAUUUACAGUAAAUGUCUCGUAUGGAGGGGUUCAGCUAAAUCUGGUUUCAGUCAAUCACUGAAGCAGCAACAAUAAAUGUGAAAUCUGAUCAUUAAGGACAAAGUCAAAAACUGCAUCAGAACAAAAUAAAGAGGAAAACAGAAGAAGACGCUCAGCAACAUAAAUAUGUAACUCAAGCAGCUGUUAGCAAACAAAAGCAUCACAAGCAGACGGAUUUAGGAAACGUUGAUAAUGUGAAAACAGAUCAUCUUCAUCUGAAGGACGGGACACUGAGUGAAGGAAACCAAGAACUUCUUUUUUCUGAGAUAGUUCCUCAUCUUGAUGUCAGUUUGGUAUUUUUCCACGACUACUUAGUUUAAAGUUAUGAACACAGAGUUACACCAAAUAAACGAACUUGUAAUAUAUGUCAUUUUAGAUCGUUAAUGCACAUGAAUUGUAUGCUGCUCAUGUCUUUUUCAGUUAUUUGAGGGAAAGUUUUCCUCCUUAUUAAUUCCUGCAACAUGAACUCUUUAAGGCUAAAACAGUCAUGUUAAUUCUGCUGGUAUAUGUAGUAUAGAAACAGAGUAAACAGAGUUCUUCUGCUAAGAAAGUUCGCUAAAGCUUGUUUGAACGAGUUAAAGCAGGUGCAGCGUAGAAAUGUUUUACAGCAUUCCUGCUGAGAUGGUGUUAUUACCAAAAUGUAACAAAGGCAUCACGAUGUUUGAGGAAAAAUUCAGCUCCAAUCAGCAGCUUUGACAAGACUGAACAUCCAGAGAUCCACAACAGUCAGUCAGUUAAUGAGGGAUGUAAUUAUAGUGUUUCUGAGCAGAGCAGCUUUUGUCAUUCAAAGAUGACAUUAGGAUGGAUUCAGAGAUCUCAAACACACUCAGGCAGCCGGUAACAUCCUGGUUCAGUUACAGUCUGUAUGUUUGUCCCAAAGUUUUUGAAACACACCUUUAAAUACUGGGACAGACGAGGAUAUGAUCUGAUGGUUUGUAACAUGUUUUUUGUUGAUUCAUGUGCAGCAGGAAAGAAAGGCAGCGUAGGAAAGUCAAAAGAGGAGCUGACUCUGGAGAAGAGGAGGGAGCUGGAGAGGAGGUUACAGGACGUGAGCGGGCAACUUAAUUCUGUAAAGAAACCGGCAAAACCUAAAGGUGAGCGCUCAUGUUUGAUUUAUCCUUGUGCACAUGAAUAUUUCUGUCUCUCUGUUUCCUCUGAACACCGUCUUCUUGUCCUCCCUUCAGCGGAGAAGCCCAGCGCUACAGAGACUCACACGGCGCCCUCUCGCCUCAGCGGCAGCAGCUCCAGCUCCGACUCCUCCUCGUCGUCCUCUUCCUCCUCGUCCUCUGACACCAGUGACUCAGACUCGGGUUGAAAUCGUCACAGUGGCUCAGAGUGAAAUUCACUAAUAACUCAGGGACUUGGGCUGGCCCAGGACACAACACACCCUGAAACAGUAGUGGGCUGAGGAAGAAAUUACCACGGCGAAGAAGUAGAAAAAAAAGAAAAACACUCCAAGAGGACUAGUUAAAAAUGUUUGAAUGUGGGACUGAGGGAUGUGAAACAUCGUCUCUGUGGAUAAUCAUCAAUCCUAAACACUAAAUGCCUUGGUUUCCCCUCUUCUUCCCUUUUGUAAAUACUUGUACAAAUUUAUGUUUCUUUUAUAAAGAAGAAUUUUAUGGUGAUCCCCCAAAGAGGGAAGCAAAGUAAUAAGAGGAUGUGGAAAGACGGGCCUUACUCCAAAUCCGUUUUGGCUGGCCUUAACGCUGCGCAGUGAGGGAAUGGAAGAGUUUAUUUAUUUGUUUUCUUCGGCUACAUUUCCUCUCGUCUUACUGGAAUUUGAACCAGCAACCUUACGCUCACAAGCCUUGCUUUUUUUCCAACAUCUGCCGCACUUCAUUUUAGAUCCACCCCCGGAUUAGCCUUAAUCACACAGACGGUUUGAUUGGCAACUACCUGGAAAAAUACAAACACUCUUGUCUCUCUCAUGUUCACAGGUGUACCAGCAUCUCCUCUGCUAGUUUCAGGUCAGAGUCAGCUUCAGUUCGAGCUCUGGAUGAUUACUUUUUAUGUUUACAAUCUCUGAUCCCGCUGUAAAAUCUCAGUGAGGGUUUUGGGGACACCCUGCAGUCUGUUUCUUUUUAAAGUUCAUUCAGUUGUACAGUAUAGAAAUAAGCUGAAAUGUUAUGAUAAGGUUUGCAGUAAUGGAUAUUCUCCUUCAGUUUUAACAAAUCUUAGACACACUUUUCCCCUUAAAGCCCAUCAGCCAAUUAAAAACAGACUAGUCUGAAAACCUCCUCUAGUCCAGGGCCUGUUUCUGUAUCUCUAAAAACCAGUUCUUCCUCUUUAGCUUUAAUAAUUCUUCCACAUUUCUCUGCGUUCGGUAGGUCUGGACUAAAAGAGUUCAUCUGGAACACACGGUUGAAUGUUAUCUGAUGACAAUAAUGGUUUCUGAUGACUACAAUAAUAACACAAGCAGGUCGGAUGUUAUGUCUGUUCUUUGAGGACAUCUGUAGCACAAGCCAGCGAAGGUUUCUGAGAGAAAUCUUGAGCUGCUCGGCACUUACUGGAACAAAAAAAAGUGACGUUACAGGGUUCCUGAAGAGAGCGACGGUCUUCACUAUGGUUUUAUAGUCGAAGCUCUUGUUGAAUGUUCAGUGAAAGAUUAUAUGCUUGUAUAUACUUAAACUAUAUUUGCUGUUGCACAAACUAUUGUAUUCCUGCUGUUCGGUCUUUCUGUUCUCUUCAGUUGUCUCGUUCCCCUUUUUUUUCUUUUCUUUUUUUUUUUAUUUUGCUUUUAACCCGGUUACUUCUCAUUCCAGUUAACAGUCUUAGUUGUUGCCUGAAGAGCGUUCACACGAGCAUCGCUGCCUCUGGUCAAGCAGGUUGUUGUCUCUCAGAGGCAAACCUUUUCAUUUGACAGGUGUGUUGAUUAAAAAUACUCUCUUCUGUAGAAACGACCUGAGUUGUGUCUGUUUGUGUGGGACCGGAGUGAGUCGGUGAGUAACGGGUUCAGUCACAGUUUAGCA